AUGUCACAGUUAUUUGAAUGGGCAUUCGGCAAAAAGCUUACUCCACAAGAGAGACUUCGAAAGAAUCAAAGGGCACUUGAAAAAACACAACGAGAGCUAACUAGAGAGACGACCAAGCUCCAAAAUCAAGAAAAGAAGUUAGUAGCUGAUAUCAAGAAGUCUGCAAAACAAGGGCAAAUAGCAAGUGCUAAAUUGCAGGCCAAGGAUUUAAUUAGAACUAAGAAUUAUAUUGUCAAGUUCAAUUCAAUGAAAGCUCAAUUGCAAGCAAUUCUGUUACGUAUUCAAUCCGUCCGUAGUAACCAGCAGAUGGCAACUUCUAUGAGAGAUGCUACUAGAUUAUUAUCGGGUAUGAAUAAGUCUAUGAAUUUACCUCAGUUAUCACGAAUCGCUCAGGAAUUUGCAAAAGAAAAUGAUAUGAUGGACCAAAAGCAGGAAUUCAUGGACGACGCAAUAGAUGAUGCAAUGGCAGAAGAUGAUGAGUUAGGUGAAGAUGAACAAGCUGACGAAAUUUUGAGUAAAGUAUUGGAUGAAAUUGGAGUUGACUUGAACACAAGUUUGCAAGAUACCCCAAGUCAAAUAAAUGUCCAAUCGCUGGAUAAAGUUGAUAACGGAAGAGUUGCGGAAGCAAUUGGAGGACCAAGCAAUAACGAAGAAGAUGACCUACAAGCAAGGUUGGAUAAUUUAAAAAAAUGA